AUGCAGUACGGCGGUAGCGGUCUCGGACUCUUCAUCUCGCGCCAACUUGCCGAGCUUCACGGCGGUCAAAUCGGCGUCUCGUCACAAGCUGGCGUCGGCAGUACUUUCGGGUUCUACUUGAAAUGCAAACGCAUGAUUGCAAAAAAGCCUACGAUCUCAACGGAUACAGUGAAAUACGCUCUAGACGCCGAACACGCGGCAUCUUCGCGCAAAAUCAGCGCCGCAGCUGCGAACCAGAACUCCACCGCGCCCGCUGCCAUACCUAAGGAAGUUGAGACCCCGGUACAAGCACAGAUUCCCCGGCCCACGGACGACAAGAAAGACGAAGAGGAAGAUGAUCGACUUCACGUUCUUGUCGUCGAAGACAAUCUAGUCAACCAAAAGGUACUAGUGAAACAGCUCACAAAAACUGGCUGCGUCACACAUACCGCCGAUAACGGCGUCUGGGCAUUGAAGCACCUCGCGAAAACGAAAUUCUGCGUUGCUAAUGGCAUGCCACUCACCAUCAUCCUUAUGGACUGCGAGAUGCCGGAGAUGGACGGCCUCACCUGCUGCAGGAAGAUACGAGAGAUGGAGGAACGGAAAGAGAUUACGAAGCAUGUGCCAAUCAUUGCGGUCACCGCGAAUAUUCGAGGGGGGCAGAUGGAUGACGCAAAGGAAGCGGGUAUGGAUGAUGUUGUUGGAAAGCCGUUCAGGAUUCCGGAUCUCUUGGCCAAGAUGAAGGCCUUGUUGAAGAAGCUAGAGGACUAA